UUGAAGCACAUCCGCGGAAAUCUAAUUCUAUUUAUAGAAAGUUCGUUGUGAUCCUCUUUUGCCAGUUUCACCCUUUGUUUAUUUCACACCUGUAAAAUUGCUUGAUUCGAAAUUGUUUUUAUUUAUUUAUUUUUUUUUUAAAUACAAUAAAAACAAUGCUUGGAAUGGCAAAAAACGUAUUGCGUCUUGGUGGAGCAAUAAAAUAUGCUACAAAUAAUACAAUAAAAUAUCCAUCGGCCAUGUGGAACAUGGUCAAUUGCGUCAAUUGUGGUUAUGAUGACAAAAAAAAUAACGGUUUAUUCAUGGCAUCAGCUGGAUCACAUAAUCUUUUGAAUUAUUGUCAAAGACAACUACAUACUGAAGCUGAUGGGGAAGAUUAUUGGAAAGAGUACGCAGACUUAUUCUUUGUUGAUACGACAGAUGUAUUAAAACCCAGUGAUGCUAAAACUGUCAUUCUCGAGUUGAAAUCUACCGCAAUCAAACGUGACAACUUUGAGGUAAUGACACCAUUAAUAAUCUAUGAGGUAGUUGAUGAUGAUGGUGAAAUAAGUCUGAGAACAACAGAAGGCUUUAGAGUAUACGAUAAGCGUAACACCUUGGCUAAAGCCAAAGAGAACUAUGCAAAGUCUAACAAAAUUUAAAAACCAUAAAAAAU